AAAAACAAAAAUUUUGAGUUCAAUAAAAUGUAAACAAGUUCCUACAUUAGAAUGAAAAUAAAGAAAAAAUAUUUAUUGAAUUAUAAGAAAGAAACAUAAGUUUAGUUGCAAUUUGCACAAUACAUUUUAUGAAUCCCUAAAUACACUUAGACUCAUACACAACUUCUGAUCUUAUAAUAUCUGCUGAGUCCAAGAUGAGUUUUUCAAUUUGUCUACUUCAAGCUGUUGCGUUUUUGGAUUUAUUGGCAGUUGGUAUUAUUAUACCUCUUGUACCUGGUCAUGCAAGAAAGAUGGGGGCUAACCAUAUACAUGUUGGAUUACUUGGUUCCAUUUAUGCAGGGUUCCAAUUGGGUUCUGGACCACUUAUUGGUAGUCUAAGUGACUUAAAAGGGCGCAAAAAGAUAUUAGUAAUGACAUUAUUAAUUAGUAGUAUAGCUUACACUUGUUUUGGCUUUGUAACUUCAGUGGCCCUGUUAUUAGUUAUUCGAGCUGUUUUAGGUAUAUUCAAACAAACCCAGAUGCUCACAAGAGCUCUGGUUGCAGAUUAUGAAAGGAAUGAACAUAAGCAGUCAUCAAUUUAUGGGAGAAUGAACGCCAUAGCUGGUGCUGGUAUCACAUUAGGACCCGUCAUUGGUGGCCAUGUUUUGGAAGACAAUCCUGAGAACGGAUUUCUUUUCGUCGCUAUAAUCGUUGGCAUGAUCUUUUUUUUAAAUGCAGGGUUGGUGUAUUUUCUACUUGAAGAUAAAAUAAAAAGACCAAAGAAAAAACCGAAACGUGAAUCCAAUCAGUAUUUAGUACAUUCUUUGUACUGUAGCAUUAAACAGUCUGCUGUUGAAUUGUACAAUGUAGAAUGGUCCAUAUAUUGGGAUGUGUUUCUAUUCAAAGCUUUAGUUGGAUUUGCCAUGGGCAUUUACUAUUCUAACUACCAACUAUACCUCAAAACAGUAUACGAAUUGUCGCCGAAAUAUGUGGGCUACGUUAUAUCAUUCCAAGGAACCAUAGGUUCAAUAUCGAGUUUAUUUAUUGCCUAUAUAAAUGGUUUUUACAAAAACGACCAUGAUUAUAGUGUGAGAAAUUUCCAUAUUUUUGCUUUGUUAAGUUUGUCAUUAAUGGGUUUGAUAUUGGCAAAUAAUGUUAUUAUUUAUUUGAUAUGGUUGGUUCCUUUAGCUGUGGGUAACGCUGUAGGUAGGUUGGUUACUUUAGAAAUGAUUUUAAAGAGGUGUGAUGGGGAUCACAGGGGAACUUUAAUAGGAGCCUCUAAUAGUGUUCGGUCUUUGGCGGGAGUAGUCGCUCCUAUGACGGCGGGCCUCAUUGGAGAGUACAUUGGAAUAGUAUAUGUGAUAUAUGCUGCCCUAUUUUCAACCCUUCUAGGAGUUGUAUUCAGUUUCCUAAAUAGAAGAUCUAGGCAGAAAGAAGAUUAAUCCAGCUUGCUUGUUGAUUGUAAAACUAAUUGUUUUUUGAUAAUAUUACAUAAACUAUGAAAAUAAAAUUCAAGGAAAGAUUUAAUGAAAUGUGACGACUAUGGUCUGCUCAAUUAGGUGUAAUAAAUAUUCUGUUCCAUUCCAUGUAUGUAAUCCAUGGGUGAAAAUAAAACCAAUGUUUUAUAUGUGUUUGUUGUUACCUAGAAUUAUAUUUUUAUUGUUGUAACAAUUUUUAUAAAUUUUAUACAUAUAAAGGUAUAUAUAAUUCUAUGAAACUAUAUUUCUAUAAAAAUAUUAUAAAUAGAAAUGAUUUGUAUUUUUGUAAACUCAUAAGCUCAUAACUGGACCGAUUUUGCUGAAGUUUGGCACAAAGAUAUCCUAAUUCAUUCAUCAUUAACCCGAUCUUCAAAAGUAACAUAAGUUUUUACGUUAUAUCGCGCAAAAAUGUGGGCGAAGACGCAGGAGACUACUACGAUUAGUAAAAAUUACCACGCAGACAACAAAGAGCUAGUUUCUGGAAGGCAGUCUAAAUUAACUUUCAAUAUUUAGUAAAUUCAUGUUAAUUCGAACGUAGUUCUCGGCACAUACGAACGAAUGUAACGCUACGAAAUGUAGAUUUAUGCUACGACUAAGGGACUAGGUGGGAUAGACGAAAACGUUUAGACAUGAUUGUCCUCUUCAUCUCUAUUUUCCUUAUUCUUAAUUUAAUCAUUGCUUCUGCAGCUGUUUCAGUUUUCAAAAAAAUGUAUACUCUAUAAUAUGUUGUACCGGCUUCAUGGCAAUACAACAAAAAGUUUCAUUCAAAUCCGUCCAGUAGUUCCUGAGAUUAGCCUGAACAGUCAAUUUAAAAAAAAAUUCUUACUCUAUUACUGUUUCAUCAUCGUCAUCUUUAUUUAAUUAUAUUAAAACUAUUUUUACUAAGCUUUUUUUAAUUAUAUUAAAUGCACAAACUUUUC